CAUCGUGAAAACGAAAAUAUGAGUGGUAAUGUGAGAAACAGUUGCUACUAAUAUGAUAUUUUGUAUAGGAUUAUCAAAAUGGUAUUAUGGUUCAAAAUAUAUUUGAUAGUUUCGAUUCUUAUUAGUUUAUUCAUUAUCGUGCUCAUAGCAUGUAAGAUACCAAUGGUGAAAAAUUGGAGGAUGACACGGUUCCAUAAUACUGUUGGCAAUGAAAUCAAAUUGAAAGUCAAAAGAAUCAUAUCAAAAAUCAGUGAGAAAAUUAAUAAUCAGAACCAAUUGAAAAUGGUACGAGAUUUUAUUGUUUUAAAAGUUUUUGAUAAAAUGAAGAAUUGGAUGGUUCCAUGUUUUUAUUUAGCUUUAAAUCUUACAAUGUUUAAAGUUUUUUUUGAUGUUUGUUAUUUGGCAUAUUUAAAAGAGUAUAAAAUACAAAUAACAACAUUAAUAUUGAAUUUAAAUUUGUCAUUUUUUUUGGUGAUUUUUGUAAAGGCUAAAGAAUUGACAGCUAGAAACUAUGAAGAGUACCUGAAAGUGUUUUCGAAUGAUAAUUUGAUUUUUUUUGAUAAUAAUUAUUGCUUGAGUUGUUCAAUUUUCAAAAUCAGUAGAAGCAAGCACUGUUCAAAUUGCAAUAAAUGCAUAAUUUAUUAUGAUCAUUAUUGUUUAUGGGUGAAUAAUUGUAUUGGAAUGGGGAAUUAUAAAUUUUUUUUAAAUUUUUUAUUUUCUAACGGAUUGAUAUUAAGUUAUGGAAUGAAAUUGGUUUGGGCACAGGUAAUUAAUGUAAUAAUCAAAGAUUAUAAUGAUCAUAAUGAUAGCGAACUUGUUAUUAAAGGUGUUUUAAAUAAAAUCAAUUUUAUGGUGAUUAGUUUUGACAGCGAUAAAAAUAAAAUCAUCGUUUUAUUUUUUUUGAUGUUUUGUUUUGAUAUUGUUGUGAUAUCAUUUACACUUUACCAUAUCUAUAUGAUUAGAGCUGGGAAAAGUAGCAGCGAAACAGAUAAAUGGGAUUUCAUACACCACUUGAUUCAGGAGAAAUUGCUUUUCCAGUAUCAUCCUAAAAGCGAAGAAAGAAAGAUUGGGCUAAUUCGGAAUGAAACUAAUGACGAGAAAAAUGUUUAUACCAAGUUCAUUGGAUACCAACCUUUGAACCAGGAAACAAUGUAUUUCGAAAAGAUUAACAAUGAAACGUAUCUUACAAUCGAUGGAGGUUUUGUGUUGCGUGGUGCCGAAAAUAUCCGAAAAUUGACAAUGGUAACGAAAGAGAACGAGGUGCAAAAUAUAUACAACAAGGGAUGGUGGAGUAAUUUGAAGCAACGCUUGAAAUGAGAAACAAAAGAAGCUGAAGAAGCGCUUAUAAUGAGAAGCAGAAACAGCAGAAGCAGCAGAAGAAGCGGUCUGCACGUGAUGGUAUCGGUUAUCACAUGCCAAUUCUACGUCUUCCGUUUUCUUGUCUUCUUUUUCCUUUAUAUUUAGACAGAUUCCUCUAUUUUACAUCUCCAAGAUUCAAUUUGUAAUCUGAUCGAAUCUAAUCUAAUCAAAACACAGUAAUCUAUUUUACAAUUUCAAUAUUCAAUAAACAUGAAAAUAGAUGAUAUAUUCUUAAUAAGACAUGCUGUUAGAAGUGACUUGUUUACCUAUAAUCAGUUGUUACAAGUCUUGAUUCGAUUAGCCACCCUAAACCCCAAUUCAAACACUCCCCAUCAGCCAGAUAAUCUCAACUUCACCCACUUGCUUCAAUUCACUGUUUCUUUUCUAAAAAAAUAUAAUAUC